AUGGAAAACAACAUGGACAACGAGGCUCGCAUUCUGAAUCUUCAGAACCUGCUCUCUGUCCUACAGCUGGCAGUACAGUUUGCCCAGAAGUACUUGGCGAGGAGGCACAAGAUUCUGCAAGCCUUCUGCGAUGUGAAUACCCUGCAACUGCGGCAACGGAAGCCGUACAUGGAGCGCCGGUUUUGGGUUAGACUGGGAAGAAGCAGCGCUUGGUGGGACAACUUCGUGGACCAAGUUGUUGUCGCCGAAGAAUGGUAUGAGAACUUCCGAAUGUCCAGAUCAGCACUGAUACACCUGUCGGAGCGACUAUGUCUACAGCUGGAAGGGACAACCACGAGAAUGAGACGGCCCGUCGACCUUCUCACCAGGGUUGCAUGCACCUUGUACUACUUGUGCGAUGAGGGGCGACUUUGUAAAACUGCCAAUGCUUUUGGACUUUCCCAGUCAACUGUCUCUGUCAUCAUUCAUCAAGUGUGUAAGACAAUAUGCACCACCUUGGGUCAUGAGUACAUCACCACACCAAAGACGGAACCUGAGGUACAACGGCUCGUAGACAACUUCUACAGCAGUCACGGGUUUGUAAACAGAAAGGGGAAACAUUCUCUGAACGUACAAGCACUGUGCGACUACAACUACUGUUUUAUGGACGUCUUGGUGAAAUGGCCGGGCAGUGUCCACGACGCACGCAUCUUCGCAAACUCUGUGUUGUGCAGUGAACUGAGAGAUGGGACAAUACCACCCUGCCCAAAAGAGUUGGUGGAGGGCGAGGAUGCGGUUCCUGCGUUCAUCCUUGGUGAUCCAGCUUAUCCCCUGCUGCCUUUCCUAAUGAAGGAAUACCCCAAUGGCGGAGCCACUCCUCAAGAACAGUAUUAUGGACUAACGCUGUGCAAGGCACGUAUGGUGAUAGAAUGUGCGUUUGGGUGCCUGAAGGCACGGUUUGCAGCUCUGAGGAGGCCUAUGGAUAUAAACCUGGAUGACCUUUACUAUGUGAUAUAUGCUUGCUUUGUACUGCAUAACUAUUGUGAACUGCAAAAGGAACCUCUGCCAGAGAGUAGUGUGACUGCUGCUACGCAAUAUGACCAAGAGUUUCAGCCACCAGCUGCAGUGGACAAAACACACGAAGCUGAAGGAAGGCGUGUGAGGCGUGUUGUCACGAUGUUUUUGGAUCCUUGA